AUGGCACCAACAAUUUUCCAGCAGUGUUGGUACCAUAAAAAGUGGACCAACCUGUACUUUACCCACAACAACUGCAGCGCCAACCACAACCACAGCUGCCCCAGCCACAGCUACUGUGACAACAACCACAACCACUGUGGCACCAACCACAACAACAGCUGCACCAACCACAACAACAGCUGCUCCAAUUCCGACCACAGCUGCACCAACCACGACAACAGCUGCUUCAAGCCUGGGUUCUCUACCUUUCAUGCAGAGUGUUGGUACCAUAAAAAGAGGACCAACCUGUACUUUACCCACAACAACUGCAGCACCAACCACAACCACAGCUGUUCCAACCACAACUACUGUGACAACAACCACAACAACAUCUGCUCCAACCACAAAUACUGUGGCACCAACCACAACAACAUCUGCUCCAACCACAACCACUGUGGCACCAACCACGACCACAUGUGCUCCAAUCACAACCACUGUGGCAACAACCACGACCACAGCUGCUCCAACAACAACAACAACUGCUCCAACAACGACAGCAGCUGCAGCAACCACAACAACAAGUGCUCCAACCACAACAACGGUGGCACCAACAACGACCACAGCUGCUCCAACCACAAUAACAUCUGCUCCAACCACAACCACUGUGGCACCAACCACGAACACACUGCACCAACCACAUCAAUAGCUGCUCCAACCACAACCACAGCUGCUCCAACAACAACCACAGCUGCACCAACCACAACCACAUCUGCGCCAACCACAACCGCUGUGACAACAACCACAACAACAUCUGCUCCAACCAAAACCACAGCUGCACCAACAGCAACAACAGCUGCUCCAACCACAACAACGGUGGCACCAACCACAACAACUGCUGCUCCAAAAACGACAACAGCUGCACCAACCACAACAACAGCUGCUCCAACCACAACCACAGCUGCUCCAACCACAACAACAACUGCUCCAACCACAACAAAUGCUGCUCCAACAACUACAACAGCUGCACCAACCACAACAACAUCUGCUCCAACCACAACCACAGCUGCUCCAACCACAACCACUGUGGCACCAACCACAACAACAGCUGCUCCAACCACAACAACAGCUGCUCCAAUUCCGACCACAGCUGCACCAACCACGACAACAGCCCCUACUCCUCAAGGACCAACCUGUACUUUACCCACAACAACUGCAGCACCAACCACAACCACAGCUGCCCCAGCCACAGCUACUGUGACAACAACCACAACAACAUCUGCUCCAACCACAACUGCUGUGGCACCAACCACGUCCACAGCUGUUCCAACCACAACUACUGUGACAACAACCACAACAACAUCUGCUCCAACCACAAAUACUGUGGCACCAACCACAACAACAUCUGCUCCAAUCACAACCACUGUGGCAACAACCACGACCACAGCUGCUCCAACAACAACAACUGCUGCUCCAACAACGACCACAGCUGCUCCAACAACAACAACAGCUGCUCCAACAACGACAGCAGCUGCAGCAACCACAACAACAGGUGCUCCAACCACAACAGCGGUGGCACCAACAACGACCACAGCUGCUCCAACCACAAUAACAUCUGCUCCAACCACAACCACUGUGGCACCAACUACGAACACAACAACCACUGCAGCACCAACCACAACAACAUCUGCUCCAACCACAACUGCUGUGGCACCAACCACGACAACAGCUGCUCCAACCACAAUAACAUCUGCUCCAACCACAACCACUGUGGCAAAAACCACGACCACAGUUGCUCCACCCACAACAACUGCUGCUCCAACAGAGACAACAACUGCACCAACCACAACAACAACUGCUACAACCACAACCACUGCAGCACCAACCACAACAACAGCUACUCCAACAACGACAGCAGCUGCACCAACCACAACAACAACUGCUCCAACCGCAACAACGGUGGCACCAACCACAACAACUGCUGCUCCAACAACGACAACAGCUGCACCAACCACAACAACUGCUUCUCCAACAACGACAACAGCUGCACCAACCACAACAACAUCUGCUCCAACCACAUCCACAACUGCUCCAACCACAACCACUGCUGCACCAACCACAACAACAGUAGCACCAACCACAACAUUUGCUGCUCCAACAACGACAACAGCUGCACCAACCACAACAACAUCUGCUCCAACCACAACAACAGCUGCUGCAACCACAAUCACUGUGGCACCAACCACAACCACAGCUGCUCUAACCACAACCACUGUGGCACCAACUACAACUGCUGCUCCAACCACCAGCACAGCUGCUCCAACAACAACCACAGCUGCACCAACCACAAUAACAGUAACACCAACCACAACAACUGCUGCACCAACAACAACAACUACUGUUGCAACCACAACAACUGCUGCACCAACCACAACAAUUGCUGCUCCCAUAACAACAACAGCUGCACCAACCACAUCAAUAGCUGCUCCAACCACAACCACAGCUGCUCCAACAACAACCACAUCUGCUCCAACCACAACCACUGUGGCACCAACCACGACCACAGCUGCUCCAAUCACAACCACUGUUCCAACAACCACGACCACAGCUGCUCCAAUCACAACCACUGUGGCAACAACCACGACCACAGCUGCUCCAACAACAACAACAGCUGCUCCAACAACGACAACAGCUGCUCCAACAACAACAACAGCUUCUCCAACAACGACAGCAGCUGCAGCAACCACAACAAUAACUGCUCCAACCACAACCACAGCUGCGCUAACCACAACAACAGCUGCUGCAACCACAAUCACUGUGGCACCAACCACAAACACACCUGCUCUAACCACAACCACUGUGGCACCAACCACAACAACAGUAGCAGCAACAACAACAACUGCUGCUCCAACAACACCAACAGCUGCUCCAACCACAACAACAGCUGCUGCAACCACAAUCACUGUGGCACCAACCACAAACACACCUGCUCUAACCACAACCACUGUGGCACCAACCACAACAACUGCUGCUCCAACAACAACCACAGCUGCACCAACCACAAUAACAGUAACACCAACCAUAACAACUGCUGCACCAACAAGAACUACUAGUGUUGCAACCACAACAACUGCAGCACCAACCACAACAACUGCUGCUCCCAUAACAACAACAGCUGCACCAACCACAUCAAUAGCUGGUCCAAACAUAACCACAUCAGCUCCAACAACAACCACAUCUGCUCCAACAACAACCACUGUGACACGAACCACGACCACAGCUGCUCCAAUCACAACCACUGUGGCAACAACCACGACCACAGCUGCUCCAAUCACAACCACUGUGGCACCAACCACGACCAAAGGUGCUCCAACAACAACAACAGCAUCUCCAACAACGACAGCAGCUGCUCCAACAACAACAACAGCUGCUCCAACAACGACAGCAGCUGCAGCAACCACAACAACAAGUGCUCCAACCACAACAACGGUGGCACCAACAACGACCACAGCUGCUCCAACCACAAUAACAUCUGCUCCAACCACAACCACUGUGGCACCAACCACGAACACAUUUGCUGCUCCAACAACGACAACAGCUGCACCAACCACAACAACAUCUGCUCCAACCACAUCCACAACUGCUCCAACCACAACCACAUCUGCACCAACCACAACAACAGUGGCACCAACCAGAACAACAGUGGCACCAACCACAACAAUUGCUGCUCCAACAACGACAACAGCUGCACCAACCACAACAACAUCUGCUCCAACCACAACCACAGCUGCUCCAACCACAACCACAGCUGCACAAACCACAACAACAGUAGCACCAACCACAACAACUGCUGCACCAACGACAACAACAACUGCUCCAACCACAGUCGCUGUGAUUAUAACUACAACAACAUCUGCUCCAACCACAACCACUGUGGCACCAACCACAACAACAGUAGCAGCAACAACAACAACUGCUGCUCCAACAACGACAACAGCUGCUCCAACCACAACAACAGCUGCUGCAACCACAAUCACUGUGGCACCAACCACAACCACAGCUGCUCUAACCACAACCACUGUGGCACCAACCACAACAACUGCUGCUCCAACCACAACCACAGCUGCUCCAACAACAACCACAGCUGCACCAACCACAAUAACAGUAACACCAACCACAACAACUGCUGCACCAACAACAACAACUACUACGACCACAGCUGCUCCAACAACAACAACACCUGCUCCAACAACGACAACAGCUGCUCCAACAACAACUGCUGUGGCACCAACCACGACAACAGCUGCUGCAACAACAAGAACAGCUGCUCCAACAACGACAACAGCUGCUCCAACAACAACAACAGCUGCUCCAACAACGACAGCAGCUGCAGCAACCACAACAACAAGUGCUUCAACCACAACAACGGUGGCACCAACAACGACCACAGCUGCUCCAACCACAACAACAACUGCUACAACCACAACCACUGCAGCACCAACCACAACAACAGCUGCUCCAACAACGACAGCGGCUGCACCAACCACAACAACAACUGCUCCAAAAACAACCACAGCUGCACAAACCACAACAACAGUAGCACCAACCACAACAACUGCUGCACCAACCACAACAACAUCUGCUCCAACCACAACCACCGUGGCACCAACCACAACAACAGUAGCAGUAACAACAACAACUGCUGCUCCAACAACAACAACAGCUGCUCCAACCACAACAACAGCUGCUGCAACCACAAUCACUGUGGCACCAACCACAACCACAGCUGCUCUAACCACAACCACUUUUGCUGCUCCAACAACGACAACAGCUGCACCAACCACAACAACAUCUGCUCCAACCACAUCCACAACUGCUCCAACCACAACCACAGCUGCACCAACCACAACAACAGUAGCACCAACCACAACAAUUGCUGCUCCAACAACGACAACAGCUGCACCAACCACAACAACAGCUGCUCCAACCAGAACCACAGCUGCACAAACCACAACAACAGUAGCACCAAUCACAACAACUGCUGCAUCUACCACAACAACAACUGCUCCAACCACAGUCGCUGUGAUUAUAACCACAACAACAUCUGCUCCAACCACAACCACUGUGGAACCAACCACGAACACAGUUGCUCCACCCAGAACAACUGCUGCUCCAACCACAACCACAGCUGCUCCAAAAACAACCACAGCUGCACAAACCACAACAACAGUAACACCAACCACAACAACUGCUGCACCAACCACAACAACAACUGCUCCAACCACAGUCGCUGUGAUUAUAACCACAACAACAUCUGCUCCAACCACAACCACUGUGGCACCAACCACAACAACAGUAGCAGCAACAACAACAACUGCUCCAACAACAACAACAGCUGCUCCAACCACAACAACAGCUGCUGCAACCACAAUCACUGUGGCACCAACCACAACCACAGCUGCUCUAACCACAACCACUGUGGCACCAACCACAACAACUGCUGCUCCAACCACAACCACAGCUGCUCCAACAACAACCACAGCUGCACCAACCACAAUAACAGUAACACCAACCACAACAACUGCUGCACCAACAACAACAACUACUACAGCUGCUACAACAACGACAGCAGCUGCAGCAACCACAACAACAAGUGCUCCAACCACAACAACGGUGGCACCAACCACGACCACAGCUGCUCCAACCACAAUAACAUCUGCUCCAACCACAACCACUGUGGCACCAACCACGAACACAGUUGCUCCACCCACAACAACUGCUGCUCCAACAACGACAACACCUGCACCAACCACAACAACUGCUACAACCACAACCACUGCAGCACCAACAACAGCAACUACUGUUGCAACCACAACAAUUGCUGCUCCCACAACAACAACAGCUCCACCAACCACAUCAAUAGCUGCUCCAACCACAACCACAGCUGCUCCAACAACAACCACAUCUGCUCCAACCAAAACCACUGUGGCACCAACCACGACCACAGCUGCUCCAAUCACAACCACUGUGGCAACAACCACGACUACAGCUGCUCCAAUCACAACCACUGUGGCAACAACCACAACCACAGCUGCUCCAACAACAACAACAGCUGCUCCAACAACGACAACAGCUGCUCCAACAACAACAACAGCUGCUCCAACAACGACAGCAGCUGCAGCAACCACAACAACAAGUGCUCCAACCACAACAACGGUGGCACCAACCACGACCACAGCUGCUCCAACCACAAUAACAUCUGCUCCAACCACAACCAAUGUGGCACCAACCACGAACACAGUUGCUCCACCCACAACAACUGCUGCUCCAACAACGACAACACCUGCACCAACCACAACAACUGCUACAACCACUGCAGCACCAACCACAACAACAGCUGCUCCAACAACGACAGCAGCUGCACCAACCACAACAACAACUGUUCCAACCGCAACAACGACAACAUCUGCUCCAACCACAACAACAGUAGCAGCAACAACAACAACUGCUGCUCCAACAACAACAACAGCUGCUCCAACCACAACAACAGCUGCUGCAACCACAAUCACUGUGGCACCAACCACAACCACAGCUGCUCUAACCACAAUCACUGUGGCACCAACCACAACAACUGCUGCUCCAACCACAACCACAGCUGCUCCAACAACAACCACAGCUGCACCAACCACAAUAACAGUAACACCAACCACAACAACUGCUGCACCAACAACAACAACUACUGUUGCAACCACAACAACUGCUGCACCAACCACAACAAUUGCUGCUCCCAUAACAACAACAGCUGCACCAAUCACAUCAAUAGCUGCUCCAACCACAACCACAGCUGCUCCAACAACAACCACAUCUGCUCCAACCACAACCACUGUUGCACCAACCACGACCACAGCUGCUCCAAUCACAACCACUGUGGCAACAACCACGACCACAGCUGCUCCAACAACAACAACAGCUGCUCCAACAACGACAACAGCUGCUCCAACAACAACAACAGCUUCUCCAACAACGACAGCAGCUGCAGCAACCACAACAACAAGUGCUCCAACCACAACAAAGGUGGCACCAACAACGACCACAGCUGCUCCAACCACAAUAACAUCUGCUCCAACCACAACCACUGUGGUACCAACCACGAACACAGUUGCUCCACCCACAACAACUGCUGCUCCAACAACGACAACCACCAACCACAACAACAUCUGCUCCAACCACAACCACUGUGACACCAACCACGACAACAGCUGCUCCAACCACAAUAACAUCUGCUCCAACCACAACCACUGUGGCAAAAACCACGAACACAGUUGCUCCACCCACAACCACUGCUGCACCAACCACAACAACAGUAGCACGCACCACAACAACAACUGCUACAACCACAACCACUGCAGCACCAACCACAACAACAGCUGCUCCAACAACAACAGCAGCUGCACCAACCACAACAACAACUGCUCCAACCGCAACAACGGUGGCACCAACCACAACAACUGCUGCUCCAACAACGACAACAGCUGCACCAACCACAACAACAUCUGCUCCAACCACAUCCACAACUGCUCCAACCACAACCGCUGCUGCACCAACCUCAACAACACACCAACCACAACAACAGCUGCUCCAACAACGACAGCAGCUGCACCAACCACAACAACAACUGUUCCAACCGCAACAACGGUGGCACCAACCACAACAACUGCCGCUCCAACAACGAUAACAACUGCACCAACCACAACAACAUCUGCUCCGACCACAUCCACAACUGCUCCAACCACAACCACUGCUGCGCCAACCACAACAACAGUAGCACCAACCACAACAAUUGCUGCUCCAUCAACGACAGCAGCUGCACCAACCACAACAACAUCUGCUCCAACCACAUCCACAACUGCUCCAACCACAACCACAGCUGCACCAACCACAACAACAGUAGCACCAACCACAACAAUUGCUGCUCCAACAACAACAACAGCUGCUCCAACAACGACAACAGCUGCUCCAACAACAACAACAGCUGCUCCAACAACGACAGCAGCUGCAGCAACCACAACAACAAGUGCUCCAACCACAACAACGGUGGCACCAACCACGACCACAGCUGCUCCAACCACAAUAACAUCUGCUCCAACCACAACCACUGUGGCACCAACCACGAACACAGUUGCUCCACCCACAACAACUGCUGCUCCAACAACGACAACACCUGCACCAACCACAACAACUGCUACAACCACUGCAGCACCAACCACAACAACAGCUGCUCCAACAACGACAGCAGCUGCACCAACCACAACAACAACUGUUCCAACCGCAACAACGGUGGCACCAACCACAACAACUGCCGCUCCAACAACGAUAACAACUGCACCAACCACAACAACAUCUGCUCCGACCACAUCCACAACUGCUCCAACCACAACCACUGCUGCGCCAACCACAACAACAGUAGCACCAACCACAACAAUUGCUGCUCCAUCAACGACAGCAGCUGCACCAACCACAACAACAUCUGCUCCAACCACAUCCACAACUGCUCCAACCACAACCACAGCUGCACCAACCACAACAACAGUAGCACCAACCACAACAAUUGCUGCUCCAACAACAACAGCAGCUGCACCAAACACAACAACAACUGUUCCAACCGCAACAACGAACAGCUGCACCAAUCACAUCAAUAGCUGCUCCAACUACAACCACAGCUGCUCCAACCACAACCACUCUGCACCAACCACAUCAAUAGCUGCUCCAACCACAACCACAACUGCUCCAACAACAACCACAUCUGCUCCAACCACAACCACUGUGGCACCAACCACGACCACAGCUGCUAAAACUACAACCACUGUGGCAACAACCACGACAGCAGCUGCUCCAAUCACAACCACUGUGGCAACAACCACGACCACAGCUGCUCCAACAACAACAACAGCUGCUCCAACAACGACAACAGCUGCUCCAACAACAACAACAGCUGCUCCAACAACGACAGCAGCUGCAGCAACCACAACAACAAGUGCUCCAACCACAACAACGGUGGCACCAACAACGACCACAGCUGCUCCAACCACAAUAACAUCUGCUCCAACCACAACCACUGUGGCACCAACAGCAACAACAGCUGCUCCAACAACAACAACAGCUGCUCCAACAACGACAGCAGCUGCAGCAACCACAACAACAAGUGCUCCAACCACAACAACGGUGGCACCAACCACAACCACAACAACAACUGCACCAACCACAACAACAACUGCUACAACCACAACCACUGCAGCAUCAACCACAACAACAGCUGCUCCAACAACGACAGCAGCUGCACCAACCACAACAACAACUGCUCCAACCGCAACAACGGUGGCACCAACCACAACAACUGCUGCUCCAACAACGACAACAGCUGCACCAACCAAAACAACAUCUGCUCCAACCACAUCCACAACUGCUCCAACCACAACCGCUGCUGCACCAACCACAACAACAGUAGCACCAACCACAACAUUUGCUGCUCCAACAACGACAACAGCUGCACCAACCACAACAACAUCUGCUCCAACCACAUCCACAACUGCUCCAACCACAACCACAGCUGCACCAACCACAACAACAGUAGCACCAACCACAACAACAGCUGCUCCAACAACGACAACAGCUGCACCAACCACAACAACCACGACCACAGCUGCUCCAAUCACAACCACUGUGGCAACAACCACGACCACAGCUGCUCCAACAACAACAACAGCUGCUCCAACAACGACAACAGCUGCUCCAACAACAACAACAGCUUCUCCAACAACGACAGCAGCUGCAGCAACCACAACAACAAGUGCUCCAACCACAACAACGGUGGCACCAACAACGACCACAGCUGCUCCAACCACAAUAACAUCUGCUCCAACCACAACCACUGUGGCACCAACCACGAACACAGUUGCUCCACCCACAACAACUGCUGCUCCAACAACGACAACCACCAACCACAACAACAUCUGCUCCAACCACAACCACUGUGGCACCAACCACGACAACAGCUGCUCCAACCACAAUAACAUCUGCUCCAACCACAACCACUGUGGCAAAAACCACGAACACAGUUGCUCCACCCACAACCACUGCUGCACCAACCACAACAACACACCAACCACAACAACAGCUGCUCCAACAACAACAGCAGCUGCACCAACCACAACAACAACUGCUCCAACCGCAACAACGGUGGCACCAACCACAACAACUGCUGCUCCAACAACGACAACAGCUGCACCAACCACAACAACAUCUGCUCCAACCACAUCCACAACUGCUCCAACCACAACCGCUGCUGCACCAACCUCAACAACAGUAGCACCAACCACAACAUUUGCUGCUCCAACAACGACAACAGCUGCACCAACCACAACAACAUCUUCUCCAACCACAACCACAGCUGCUCCAACCACAACCACAGCUGCACAAACCACAACAACAGUAGCACCAACCACAACAACUGCUGCACCAACCACAACAACAACUGCUCCAACCACAGUCGCUGUGAUUAUAACCACAACAACAUCUGCUCCAACCACAACCACUGUGGCACCAACCACAACAACAACAACAACUGCACCAACCACAACAACAACUGCUACAACCACAACCACUGCAGCACCAACCACAACAACAGCUGCUCCAACAACGACAGCAGCUGCACCAACCACAACAACAACUGCUCCAACCGCAACAACGGUGGCACCACCCACAACAACUGCUGCUCCAACAACGACAACACCUGCACCAACCACAACAACUGCUACAACCACUGCAGCAUCAACCACAACAACAGCUGCUCCAACAACGACAGCAGCUGCACCAACCACAACAACAACUGUUCCAACCGCAACAACGUGCACCAACCACAACAAUUGCUGCUCCCAUAACAACAACAGCUGCACCAAUCACAUCAAUAGCUGCUCCAACAACAACCACAGCUGCUCCAACAACAACCACAGCUGCACCAACCACAAUAACACUGCUCCAACCACAAUAACAUCUGCUCCAACCACAACCACUGUGGCACCAACAGCAACAACAGCUGCUCCAACAACAACAACAGCUGCUCCAACAACAACAACAGCUGCUCCAACAACGACAGCAGCUGCAGCAACCACAACAACAAGUGCUCCAACCACAACAACGGUGGCACCAACCACAACCACAGUUGCUCCAACCACAAUAACAUCUGCUCCAACCACAACCACUGUGGCACCAACCACGAACACAGUUGCUCCACCCACAACAACUGCUGCUCCAACAACGACAACACCUGCACCAACCACAACAACAACCACAGCUGCUCCAACCACAACAACUGCUGCACCAACCACAACAACAACUGCUCCAACCACAGUCGCUGUGAUUAUAACCACAACAACAUCUGCUCCAACCACAACCACUGUGGCACCAACCACAACAACAGUAGCAGCAACAACAACAACUGCUGCUCCAACAACAACAACAGCUGCUCCAACCACAACAACAGCUGCUGCAACCACAAUCACUGUGGCACCAACCACAACCACAGCUACUCUAACCACAACCACUGUGGCACCAACCACAACAACUGCUGCUCCAACCACAUCCACAGCUGCUCCAACAACAAACGACAGCAGCUGCAGCAACCACAACAACAAGUGCUCCAACCACAACAACGGUGGCACAAACAACGACCACAGCUGCUCCAACCACAAUAACAUCUGCUCCAACCACAACCACUGUGGCACCAACAACGACAACAGCUGCACCAACCACAACAACUGCUUCUCCAACAACGACAACAGCUGCACCAACCACAACAACAUCUGCUCCAACCAUAUCCACAACUGCUCUAAUCACAACCACUGA